AUGGGAACAUUCUGCAACAUACUCCAAAAUGGGAACAUUCUGCAACAUUCUCCAAAAUGGGAACAUUCUGCAACAUACUCCAAAAUGGGAACAUUCUGCAACAUACCCCAAAAUGGGAACAUUCUGCAACAUACUCCAAAAUGGGAACAUUCUGCAACAUACCCCAAAAUGGGAACAUUAUGCAACAUUCUCCGAAAAGGGAACAUUCUCCAAAAUGGGAACAUUCUGCAACAUACUCCAAAGUGGGAACAUUCUGCAACAUUCUCCAAAAUGGGAACAUUCUGCAACAUACCCCAAAAUGGGAACAUUAUGCAACAUUCUCCGAAAAGGGAACAUUCUCCAAAAUGGGAACAUUCUGCAACAUACUCCAAAGUGGGAACAUUCUGCAACAUACUCCAAAAUGGGAACAUUCUGCAACAUUCUCCAAAAUGGGAACAUUCUGCAACAUACUCCAAAAUGGGAACAUUCUGCAACAUAAUCCAAAAUGGGAACAUUCUGCAACAUUCUCCAAAAUGGGAACAUUCUGCAACAUACUCCAAAAUGGGAACAUUCUGCAACAUUCUCCAAAAUGGGAACAUUCUGCAACAUACCCCAAAAUGGGAACAUUAUGCAACAUUCUCCGAAAAAGGAACAUUCUCCAAAAUGGGAACAUUCUGCAACAUACUCCAAAAUGGGAACAUCCUGCAACAUUCUCCAAAAUGGGAACAUCCUGCAACAUACUCCAAAAUGGGAACAUUCUGCAACAUACUCCAAAAUGGGAACAUCCUGCAACAUUCUCCAAAAUGGGAACAUCCUGCAACAUACUCCAAAAUGGGAACAUUCUGCAACAUACUCCAAAAUGGGAACAUCCUGCAACAUACCCCAAAAUGGGAACAUUAUGCAACAUUCUCCGAAAUGGGAACAUUCUCCAAAAUGGGAACAUUCUGCAACAUACUCCAAAAUGGGAACAUCCUGCAACAUUCUCCAAAAUGGGAACAUCCUGCAACAUACUCCAAAAUGGGAACAUUCUGCAACAUACUCCAAAAUGGGAACAUUCUGCAACAUUCUCCAAAAUGGGAACAUUCUGCAACAUACUCCAAAAUGGGAACAUUCUGCAACAUACUCCAAAAUGGGAACAUUCUGCAACAUUCUCCAAAAUGGGAACAUUCUCCAAAAUGGGAACAUCCUGCAACAUACUCCAAAAUGGGAACAUUCUGCAACAUACUCCAAAAUGGGAACAUCCUGCAACAUACUCCAAAAUGGGAACAUCCUGCAACAUACUCCAAAAUGGGAACAUUCUGCAACAUACUCCAAAAUGGGAACAUUCUGCAACAUUCUCCAAAAUGGGAACAUUCUGCAACAUUCUCCAAAAUGGGAACAUUCUGCAACAUUCUCCAAAAUGGGAACAUUCUGCAACAUUCUCCAAAAUGGGAACAUUCUGCAACAUACUCCAAAAUGGGAACAUUCUGCAACAUUCUCCAAAAUGGGAACAUUCUGCAACAUUCUCCAAAAUGGGAACAUUCUACAACAUUCUCCAAAAUGGGAACAUUCUGCAACAUUCUCCGAAAUGGGAACAUUCUCCAAAAUGGGAACAUUCUGCAACAUUCUCCAAAAUAG